CUCCGAAUUCCCGUGUGCGGAUAGAGGAGAGAGAUCGAGAAGGGGCGGAAGGACCUCUUUCGCCCUCCGAUCUCCGUAGAUCCAGCCGCGAGGAUGGUCCUCACCGCCCGAUCCCUCGCCCCCCUCCUCCUCAUCCUCCUCGUUGUAGCUGCUGCAUCCCCGGCGUCCGCCUCGGAGUCCGACCAUACGUACCAAAACGAUGACCAUGUUACUCUUUGGGUAAACAAGGUUGGGCCAUAUAACAAUCCUCAAGAGACAUACAAUUAUUAUAUCCUUCCGUUUUGCCAACUACCAGGGAAUGCUGCCCAUAAGUGGGGUGGGCUCGGGGAGGUUCUAGGUGGUAAUCAACUUGUUGAUAGCCAGAUUGAGAUAAAGUUUCGAAAAAAUGUUGAUAAGGCCUCCAUCUGUGCUAUUAAUCUUGAUGCUGCUAAGGUAAAACAAUUCAAAGAUGCAGUAGAGAGUUCGUAUUGGUUUGAAUUCUUCAUUGAUGAUUUGCCUCUAUGGGGUUUCAUUGGGGAGGCUGAUAAGACCAAUGAAAAUCGACACUAUCUUUUCACUCACAAGGAUAUUGUUGUAAAGUACAAUGGUGAUCAGAUUAUUCAUGUCAAUCUCACCCAAGAAUCUCCUAAACUCUUGGAAGCUGGCAAAAUCUUAGACAUGACAUACUCAGUGAAAUGGAUAGAAACUGAUGUAAAAUUUGCUCGACGUUUUGAUGUAUACUUGGAUUAUCCUUUCUUUGAGCACCAGAUUCACUGGUUUUCGAUUUUCAAUUCUUUCAUGAUGGUUAUAUUCCUCACUGGUCUUGUAUCAAUGAUUUUGAUGCGAACUCUUAGAAACGAUUACGCAAAAUAUGCUCGUGAAGAUGAUGAUUUGGAGACUCUGGAAAGAGAUGCGAGUGAAGAGUCUGGAUGGAAGCUUGUUCAUGGUGAUGUCUUUCGCCCCCCGUGUAAUCUAGUUCUUCUUUCAGCAGUUGUUGGUACUGGUGCUCAGUUGGCUAUGCUUGUCCUCUUGGUCAUUUUGUUGGCAAUAAUCGGGAUGUUGUAUGUUGGGCGAGGAGCUAUUGCUACUACUUUCAUUGUGUGCUAUGCUCUUACGUCUUUCAUUUCAGGCUAUGUAAGUGGCGGUCUUUAUUCACAAAAUGGUGGUAAAAGCUGGAUAAAGUCGAUGAUCCUUGCUGCAUCCUUGUUCCCAUUUAUGUGCUUUGGGAUUGGCUUUAUACUUAACACAAUUGCUAUCUUUUAUGGUUCACUAGCUGCUAUUCCAUUUGGCACUAUGGUAGUUGUGUUUAUAAUUUGGGCCUUCAUCUCAUUUCCACUGGCACUUCUUGGCACUGUUGUUGGUAGAAACUGGAGUGGUUCUCCAAACAAUCCUUGCCGUGUGAAAACAAUUCCUCGUCUGAUUCCUGAAAAGAAAUGGUAUCUUACACCCUCCAUAAUCUCACUUAUGGGCGGGUUGCUUCCUUUUGGUAGCAUAUUCAUCGAGAUGUAUUUUGUCUUCACAUCCUUUUGGAAUUACAAGGUGUACUAUGUCUAUGGAUUCAUGUUGCUGGUUUUCCUGAUCCUAAUCAUCGUCACUAUGUGUGUAACAAUUGUUGGCACUUACUUCUUGCUCAAUGCUGAGAACUAUCACUGGCAGUGGACUUCAUUCUUCUCUGCCGCUUCAACAGCUGUGUAUGUGUAUCUCUACUCUGUGUAUUACUACUACAUGAAGACCAAGAUGUCAGGCUUUUUCCAGACCAGCUUCUAUUUUGGUUACACAUUGAUGUUUUGUUUGGGUUUAGGUAUACUAUGUGGUGCUGUGGGAUAUCUCGGCUCUACCAUGUUUGUGAGAAGGAUAUACAGAAACAUCAAAUGUGAUUAGGUCCAGAAUCAGGAGGCUCGGUGCACAUCUAAUAAUACAUCACCAAGAGAGACCAACCUGUUCGGUGUAAGAUGUGAGUUACUGAUCAAAAUUGAUGGCCUUCUAAACAUGGAUGACUCUGCUUUUGCUUGCUUCAUAUUUUUGCAACCUAUCUGCCCUUUGUUUAUUUUUCUGGAUGUAGAGAUGGUCUUCUUAUACUAAAUUUAGAGAUACUGUCACGUCUAAAAUCUUGUAGCAAUCAUAAAACUUAUUAGUUAUCUUUUGGGUUACUCAGGACUUGGAACCUUGUGACCCUUUGAACAAAUGAAUUCACAGAUUAAUAAUGCUUUAGUCUUGAUUUA